AUGGAGGUCCGACAGACAGCGGAAGGCCGGGCACCCGCCAGCCGGGCGGCCCUGCCGGCACGCAAGCUACGGAUAGUCUCUGGUGAUGAAAAGCGACUCUUCACUCUCGGGGAGGAUAACACAAAUCUGCGGGUAAACGACAGGAUAGAUCGAGAAAGCAUCUGCGGGGCCGUGUCGCCCUGUGUCCUCAGUUUGGAGGCAGUCGUGGAAAACCCUUUCAAUAUAUUUCAUGUAAGCGUUACUAUCCAGGAUGUCAAUGACAAUGCGCCGCAGUUUGACAGAGAAUUUGUUGCCAUAGAAAUGAUCGAGUCCACGCCUCCUGGGGCCAGAUUCCCACUGGGCAGUGGCAGAGACCCCGACAUUGGGGUGAACUCAUUACAAAAUUACCAACUUAACCCCAACCCGCUGUUCUCCCUUGCAGUAAGGGAGAGUUCUGAUGGGACGAAGCAGCCAGAAUUAGUGCUGGAGAAAAGCUUAGAUCGAGAAAAACAGAGAAAUCACCAUUUGAUACUGACAGCGGUUGAUGGUGGGGAUCCAGUCCGAUCCGGGACCAUCCAGAUUAAUAUUAAUGUGACCGAUGCGAAUGACAACCCGCCGGUAUUCACCAAAGAGAUCUACAAGGUUCGACUGCUAGAAUACCUACCAAAGCACUCCUUAGCUUUUCAGGUGAAAGCUACUGACGACGACGAAGGAACAAAUGCAGAAAUUACCUACUCUUUCAGUGACAUCGCCAACACAGCUCGCCAGCUGUUCACUCUGGACUCCAGGACCGGGGACGUGAAGGUUGCAGGCCCCCUAGAUUAUGAAGAAGGGAAAUAUUAUGAAGCGACUGUUGAAGCCAAGGAUGGGGGCGGGCUUAGUGCGCACGCCAAAGUGCACAUAGACAUUCUAGACGCGAACGACAACGCACCAACCCUUUCCCUCCUGCCCAUCUUGAACCCGAUACCCGAGGACUCCAUCCCGAGCACAGUUGUAGCUGUGAUCAAUGUCCGCGACAGAGACUCGGGGCACAACGGAGAAGUGAACUGCAACAUCGACGGCGAUUUGCCUUUCAGACUAGAACCGUCAUCAGAGAACACAUACAAAUUAAUAACAGCCAGCGCCCUGGACAGAGAAACGGUUUCCGCUUACAAUAUCACCAUCACUGCCAGGGACAGGG